UUGUCACGCUGACAUGCGCAGAGGAAGAGAGUUUCAAGACUGCGGGCAGAAGAACUCUGGCUGUUCAGGUUUAGAGGAAAAAAGAGAGCAGAGUAUUGUAAAGGCAGUGGCAACCUCUCAAUUGCAGCAAAACGGACGGGCAGGGGAAAAAUAAUGAGGAUUCUUGCAAAAGUGGUCUUAGUGCCGCCAUGAUAUCUCCACAAAAACAGUACGAAGUGUCCAUCCUCUUCCGAGUUCAUGCUCCGAAAGCAAGUCCUUUGGAAAGGGUAUGGCUCUUGGGCUCGAUCCCCGAGCUAGGAGAGUGGAAUCCCGCCCGUGCCGUGGAGUGUGGACAGGCGGCGGACGAAUGGAAGGUAUGGCAGGCCACUGUGCGGUUGCCCACCGACUCUUCCUUCAAGUGGGCCUGGUGCACCCUCACUGUGGAUGGCCAUCUCAAGAGUUUCGAGAAUGGCGACAAGCGGUUCCGGCAGAUCUUCUGCUACAGCGGCGUGCUGCACACCAUCUACAGCGAACCGGAUGUGGAAGUGUUCCGACAGAACAUGGGUAGCGCCGUUCUCACCACCGAGCGGAAGACGAAGCGAAACGACGUCGUUGCGGUCAUCGGCUCAUGCCCGUCGCUGGGCUGCUGGGAUCCCAAGCAUGCUGUCAUCGCCAACGAGUUUCCUCGCCGCUCCGGCAACUGGACCGCAACCGUGUUCUUCGACUCCGGCAGACUCCAGGAGUGGAACUGGAUUAUUAUGGACAAGAAUACUAAAGAAAUUCGCUUAUCAGAGAAGCACAGUACUCGCUUCCUGUUCGACACGCAUGGCUGGAUAAAAAUUCACGUAGAAUGGAACAAGGAGCCGGCUGUACUCGACUGGGCGCCUCGGGACCACGUAGGUGAUGACUACAUCGGCACAGUUGAGCUACUGAGGAAGAUGAAAGCGAGGUUGCUAGAGAUACGGCGAUGGGAAGACGCGGCAGAGGCCAGGCGGCUGGGUUUUCCGGCGGGAAGGAUGCUACCAUCGCCGACUUUGAUGGGGCAGAUCAACUUGCCCCAGUACAGCAACAUCACUUUCCUGUCGUCUCCCACCAUGAGUCCCUCUAAAUCUCCGCAGCCCGUCCUGCAGAUCAAGCCCUUCCGUGGCUCCGGGCUGCCCGACCAGAUCAACACUUCGCCCAUCAAAUCCCCACCGGCUUCUCCGAUCAGAUCGGUUUCUCCUGGUACUGGUGAUCAAGCCCCACCCGAUGCUUCAAUGCCUGCUCUCCAGCCCCAUACCUCCCGCACACGAGCCGUGUCCCCACCGCCAGUACCCAAAAGGUCUGCAGGGACAUGCACGGAAGUGGUCAGCGAGUCAAACAGCGAAUCCGAGAGAAUUAAAAAGCAGAAAAACACGCCGAUAGACAUGUCCCUGCUGGGCUUCCACUGCGCCCCUCCUCAGCAGUCCCCUCCACGUGGAAAGACUGAGAGUGGAACGGAUGAAAAAAGACGUAACCUGGUGAGUGACCCGGGCAAACCGGGGUACUCCAGCGACCUACCCCAUGGCUUUGGUACUGACCCGGACGGCCAGGCUCGGAAGUACAACGUGACCUCCACAUCUCCGCCGCUCUUCUCCCGUUACGACAGCAGCCCGCCGCCCUUCUCCCGUUACGACAUCAGCUCGCCGCCCUUCUCCCGUUACGACAGCAGCCCGCCGCUCUUCUCCCGUUACGACAGCAGCCCGCCGCUGGAUGUGGGGGCGAACGACAGCAAAAUCGCGCCUACCCCGGGUAUCGAGAACUACCUGGGACAUUCGCUGCUGGGGCGGGACGCGGGGAUUCUGAUUAGCAGCGGCAAACCGCUUUUGCUGGAAGGCGGCGGAACCGUCUCCGGAAUGGAGGAAAAACUGGGUCUCCCUCCCAACAUGGAGGUCGGGAUGGAUCGACUGAAAUGCUGCAGGACAUCUCGGAGGUGCGAGAGCAGGCGCGUACCCUGGACAGGAUGGAGCUGGUCCGCCAGCGCGAGGAACGCAACAAGGCCAAGUUCCAGCACGGCCUCGAUUUCGCAAACGCCGCCACCAUCAAACGUUCAGCAUCGCCACCUCGCAACAGGCCGAGUUUUAACUCUUCAGAGAAAAGUCCAACCGUAGAAGGCAAGAGUGCUGACUUUUCAUUUACCACUCAAUCAAAGCAAAAAGAAGACUCCAGCAAUAACUUCGGCGUACAAAAUCGGACCGUCAGUCCAACCAGCCUGACGGAGAAGUCUCCACCCAAGAAGGUUUCGGGCAAAGUGCACAAAACCGCACGUGACCAGCAGUCUGACAAGAAUACUCCCAAGCCCACCCAGACCGCGGACAAGGGGGAUGCCAUGUCGAGUCCAUCCAUCACCUCCCCGUCGAAGGGGUCGAAAGACGCUCUCACCGCCGACCUCAAGGCUAACCAGAGAACUGAAGAUCGUGAUCCUCAGGCUCAGGCCUGCUCCAGCGCUUCUGACGUGGAAGACGCCAAACGUCGCAACAUUGGCUGCUUCGGCGGCAACGCCAAGAACAUCCUCAAGAAGAACAACAGCACGCGGAAAUCGCGCGCGACGGAGAGAUGCGAGCGGUGCAGCGCCCCAAUUGCAGAUGGCAAGGUUCGAGGCGACGCAUGCCACUGCUCCAACCCUUCACACGUCAGGAGCGGCGCCAGGAAAACCAGUUCCCCGUCGCCCCGCUUCAACCAGUCGGUGACUAACAACCCAGGCAAGGGGAAGUAACAAGGGGGUCGGACAAAGGGAUGUAAUAAGGAGCUCAGGCAAGAAACUUGUGUUGGGGGGUAAGAGGGAGGGGAGUAUUCACUCGUCGUGCCACGUGUCCUUCGCCGUCAAGUACAGACAUAAACACAUCAAUCCGCGCGCUCUUUCUACAAUUAACCGCUGAUUUGCACAACGAUGUCCAAACAUGCCUUGUAAUAGUGCUCUAGUGUUGACUUCUUUUUACAAAGCACAGAGUCUUAAAUAUAUUUAUUUCUUUUGAAAA